UCCUACUUCAUAUACAUCAUUCCACCUUUAUAUAUCUCUUGUUAAUAGAAAAGCCACACAGACAACUUAGCUUUGCCUCACAUGCCUUCCACUUUCACACAUUUAUACGUUUUUUUUUUCCUUUUCUUUUCUUUUUUCUUCUAAACUUUAGCACACAAAACCAACACUAACAAGAAAGGUACAAAUCUCACUUCAUAUAUUUAUAUAUAACCCCUCUUCCCAUCAUCUUACAUUAUUAAACCCCUCAAAAAACCACUACAUUCAUAACACACACACACACACACAAUCUUGAAAGAAAAAAAACUGAAAGAUGAGAAGUGGAGGAGGAUACACACUUCAUCAGUCCCUCACCAUUGAAGCAGCUUCCAUGGUCAAACAAUCAGUCAACCUAGCAAGAAGGAGGGGCCAUGCACAAGUCACCCCCCUCCACGUGGCAAUCUCCAUGCUCUCCUCUCCAACAUCCCUCCUCAAAAGGGCUUGCCUCAAAUCACACUCCCACCCACUCCAAUGCAAAGCACUCGAGCUCUGCUUCAACGUAGCCCUAAACCGCCUCCCGACAUCCUCCGCCUCCGCCUCCUCCACCCCCCUCCACGUGGGCCCACACCCCCACCUCCCUUCUCUAUCCAACGCCCUCGUGGCGGCCUUCAAGCGUGCCCAGGCACACCAGAGGCGAGGCUCGAUAGAGAACCAGCAGCAGCCUAUCCUCGCUCUCAAAGUCGAGAUCGAGCAGCUCGUGAUCUCCAUCCUCGACGAUCCCAGCGUCAGCCGAGUCAUGAGGGAGGCCGGCUUCUCCAGCACUCAGGUCAAAUCCAACGUCGAGCAAUCCGUCUCCGUAAUUACUAAAAUACCCUCGGAAAAGAUCAGUACCAGUAUCAGUACCACCAGUUGCAGUCAUCUUACCAACGCGACGAGUGUCUUGGAGGCAAUGAUGAACAAGAAAACGAGAAACACCGUCAUCGUGUGCGACAGCAAGGCGAGAGGCGAGGGUUUGGUCAAGGAGGUGAUCGAAAAGUUCGACCGGAGAGACGUCCCGUCGGAGAUGAAGCUCGUGCAGUUCAUAAGCGUCCCGCUUUUCACGCUGAGGAAUAUAUCGAAGGAGGAGUUCGAGGUGAAGCUUCUCGAGCUGAGGUCACUCGUGAGGUCAUACGUUAGUAGGGGAGUUGUUCUUUAUCUCGGCGAUCUCGAUAGGGUUUCGGAGUUUUGGUCCGAAUAUUAUAAUAAUAAUAAUAGUAAUAAUGGAGUACUGUGCCAGCUGUACAAUCCUAUGGAGUAUAUGGUAAUGGAGAUAAGUAGGUUAAUUUGUGGUGGAGGAGAUGAUGAUCAAAUUAGCAGAAGGGUUUGGUUAAUGGGAGUUGCAACUUUUCAGACAUAUGCAAAAUGCAAAAUUGGAAGGCCUUCUUUGGAGAUUCUUUGGAAUCUUUAUCCUCUUACAAUUUCUGGCAGUAGCAAUUUGGGACUUGGUCUUAGCCUAGACAGUGGGAUGCAUGAUGAAGUGAAAAAGGAGGGAAAUGAUGGAAUAAUCGAGAAGCAACUACUCGUUUGCUGCCCGGAUUGUACGAAGAACUUCGCGAAAGAAAAGUGCUACUUCAUCAAUGGUGGUGGUGCAGCCUCUUGUUCAAGCUUGCCAUCAUGGCUCCAGCACUACAAAGAUAAUGAGAAUAGACAAUUAUUACAAGUUAAUAAUCAGAAGGAAUGUGAUGAAAAGAUUAAGCAUCUCUGCAAGAAAUGGAACUCAAUCUGCGGUUCGAUUCACGCGAAACCACGGAGAAUCUUCGAUCUUUCUCCGUCUUCCUCCUCCACCUCGUUGUCGUCGUCAAAUAAUAAAAAGCCGGAAUUUCACAAAAAGGCGGCGCUCUUCGAUAAUUGGCCGGUGAUAUUCGAAAGAAACGAGACGGAAGUUGUUUCUAAACCACCACCGAAACCGGACCUUCUAUCAAACCCUAAUUCAAGUCCUAAUUCGGCUUCGUCUAGCGAAGCAAGUGGCCGAGAUGAUCAUCUGAUCAUGGAGUUGUUCCCUCGUAAUAAAUCGACGGAAUAUUCCGACAGCCACGAGAAUAUACUUUGCGGUGCACUUGAAAAGAAAGUCCCGUGGCAGAAACGUGUAAUCCCGGAUAUUGUGAGUACAAUCCUCAAAUGCAGAUCCGGGAUUAAGACGAGUAUUAAUAAUAUUCCGGUUAAUGCCGAUCAAUUAUUCAGACAAGAAAGCUGGCUGUUUUUCUUGGGCUCCGACAAUGGCGGCAAAGAGGCGAUUGCGAGAGAACUUGCUAAGACCGUGUUUGGCUCUCAAAAUGAAGACGAUAAUUUUGUUGCCACGUCAUCAACAACAACGACGAGAGCUGAGUCAGCGAGUGAUGAUCAAGAAGUGAUGAGCAAAAGCACUAAGAAGAGGGCAAGAGAUGUUAGUAAUAAUGAGAAUGGUGGGAGUGUUAUUUACGAGAGAUUUUUGGAGGCGGUUAGGUUAAAUCCGAGCCGAGUGUUCUACGUGGAAGAUGUCGAUAAGCUCGAUCGUCGGAGUUUGAAGGGGUUCGAGAAAAUGAUGAGGGACGGAAGUGUUGUACUUUGCGACGGUGAGGUUGUACUUUUGAAGGAUGCCAUUGUCGUUUUGAGCUGCGAAAAGUUCGUCAGUUUCGAAGAAGAAGAAGAAGAUCGAGAAAAUAGCGACGACGACGAUGAGUCGAAAGCGAAGAAGAAGACGAAGAAAUGUGGAGUACCGUUGGAUUUGAACAUUGCAACAGAAGAUGGGAUUUUGGAUUUAGUGGACUUGCAAAUAGUACUCAAUAAUCCAGGUCUUGCAAAUUCAAUGUGUUAGAGCAAAAAACACAAGCUGUAAUAUCCUAUGUAAUUUCUUCAUAUUUUAAACUUUUUUUCUUUUUUUUUUUAAAUAUUUUAUUUUAUUUUUAUUAUUUUUACCUAAGUUAAAUAGUGUAUGCAAAUGAUGUUUUCAUAAUUGAUAUGCAGUUUAUUUUACACGAAA